UAGUACUCAUUCUCAGCAGCUAAUCACUACUGAAAAAUGUCAGGACGUGGCAAAGGAGGAAAGGGGCUCGGCAAGGGAGGCGCUAAGCGUCACCGCAAAGUCCUCCGUGAUAACAUCCAGGGCAUCACCAAGCCCGCCAUCCGCCGUCUUGCUCGUCGCGGUGGUGUGAAGCGUAUCUCCGGUCUGAUCUACGAGGAGACCCGCGGUGUCCUCAAGGUGUUCCUGGAGAACGUGAUCCGUGACGCAGUCACAUACACCGAGCACGCCAAGAGAAAGACCGUCACCGCCAUGGAUGUUGUCUACGCCCUGAAGAGGCAGGGCCGCACUCUGUACGGCUUCGGCGGUUAAACUACCUGACACGUGAUAACGACGAAACCAAAGGCUCUUUUCAGAGCCACUCACAUCCUUAUGAGAAGCUUCUUCCUACUCUAAGUUAUGGCAAAAUUGUUUAAGACUAAGGUGAACACGGACCUCGAAUUCGAAAUGCAACACGUCAUUAAUCUAGUUCAAAUGUACAUGUUACUUAGUAACUUGGCAGUAGUUGAGAACCAUCUAGAUACCUCCCCUUUAUCUACAUUGCUACUUUUUUUUACGAAAUAACUGAUAGUAGUCCGACAAGGGGGUUUAAUAAACAAAUAUUUAUGUUUCA